AUGGCCAACUGGACUGGCAUCUCUGCCAAACAGCAAGACGAAAUCGAUCGACUGGCGACUAAUAUCCCUACAAGGAAGAUACCCACUUAUGACGAUUUAUCCUAUGAUGAUCUCCUAAAUGACCAUCUCAUCCUCAAUAAACCUUUCUUGCUCUCACCACUCGCUACAUCGAAAUGGUCAUCUUCCGCCAAGUUCCGAAUCUCAUCCGCCGACGAAACAGUAUCUUUACCAAACUUGUCUGCGCUCAGACCUUACGCCCAUCACAUCGUGCCAGUUGCCAAUACCCUUCAACAGCAAUUCUCAGAAUUCGAAAGGACCGAAAAGCCUCUUGGUGAGGUACUGGAUCUGUGGGAAGAGGGCAAGGGAAAGGGACUGUAUGUGAAAGAUUGGCAUUUGAUGGCUGAGAUAGAAAGUGAGGGAAGCAGUGUGAAUGAGGUCUAUGAGGUACCGGAUUGUCUUAGAGAUGACUGGCUUAAUCCACCUUACACACCAAAUCCUCGGCUGACCCAACUGGAAAAUGGACGUUCAUCCGCUUCGACAUCCGACUUCAGAUUCACCUACCUCGGUCCUCCACUCACUUAUACACCGCUUCAUAGAGAUGUAUAUGGAUCGUAUUCUUGGUCAGCUAAUGUAGUGGGUAGGAAAGUAUGGUGGCUGUUCCCUCCUGAUAGACUAGAUCAGGUCAAGGACCAACAUGGAGAACUGGUAUUUGAUGUAAGGGAUUUAGAAGAUGAAGGUGGGGCUAUCAAAAUACUUCAACAGGAAGGGGAAAUCAUAUUCGUACCUAGCGGAUGGCAUCAUCAAGUAGUCAAUCUUGAUUUUUGCAUAUCAAUCAACCACAAUUUCUUUUCAUCACCGACUCUUCCAAUAAUAUACGAUACUCUGCGUACAUCCCAAGAAAGGGUAGAAGAGUCUAUCUCAGAUGUUAAGGACAUGAUCAUACAGAGGUUAGGGUCAGAAGGAGAUGUAUGGGAGAAAGAGUGGGUCGAAGAAGUUCAAUCGCUCUUGGAGAGAGACGCAGGAUGGAAUUGGAAGGGUUUCUGGCAGACUGUAGUCAAGAACGUCAUCACUCCACCUGCCCCUUCACACCUAUGUCCCCCUGUUCAUUUGAGAGAUGAAUGGAUCCGACACGUCAUUGAACGGUUCAAGCUCCGAAGGGAAUGGGUCUUACAGGAUGAUAUCCGCAUAAUCAUUGAAGACAUACAACAGUCAAUUGGGAUAUGUGAUGAUCUUCGGUGA